CGCUUCCCCGGCCAGCACGUGGGGAGGACGUGUUUCCCGGCCGGACGUCUUUCGGAGGAGCAUGUUCGGAAGCCGGGAUUCAGAAAGAUAAACAUGUUCACUUCUAGGAUUUAUACCUUAGUUUUAGUUCUGAAACCUCAGCAAAUUCUUUUAGGAAUGAAAAAACGUGGCUUUGGAGCUGGGAGGUGGAACGGCUUUGGGGGGAAAGUGGAAGAUGGAGAGACUAUUGAAGAAGGAGCCAAGAGGGAGCUACUGGAGGAGAGUGGACUGACCGUGGACACUCUGCAGAAGAUAGGAAAAAUCACAUUUGAAUUUGUAGGCAAUACCGAGUUAAUGGAUAUGCACAUCUUUUAUGCGGACAGUUUUCACGGAACUCCAAAAGAAAGUGAUGAAAUGCGCCCCCAAUGGUUCCAGUUGGAACAGGUUCCCUUCAGUGACAUGUGGCCAGAUGACGGCUACUGGUUUCCACUAAUGCUCCAAAAGAAAAAAUUCCAUGGAUAUUUCAAGUUCCAAGGACAUGACACCAUCCUAGACUACACACUGAAUGAAGUGGAAAUUGUCUGAAGAGAGAGAGAGAAAUCAGUGCCAUUAACACAUGAUAUACUUGAGCCCAUAUGGGCUAGGGAAGCUGGCUGUUGUACAGCCUUAUUUCAGCUGUGUGUAAUUUAGGCAGGGGGUUCACUGUCUUUAGUUUUUAAGGCAAUUUAAUACUCAGUAUUUGUUUGGGGAGCAAGAGGAAACUGUAAAACCAGAAAUUUUUUGCAAUUGUACAUGUCAUAUAAUGAGGACCCCCACUUCCCCUUGAUAGGGACUAGGAAUCACAAAUACAUUUUGGUUCUAAGGGAGAAGUGACAAGUGUGGGGGUGAUUCACAGUGCAGCCCAGUAGAGUGUGCAACAGCCCACACUAGGGGGCAACAGCCACUAAGAAAAGUGGAAUGUUUUCAGAUUUUCUGGAAACACGAGUCUUUUUCUUUCCUGUUGAAGAUUCUGACAAAUAAUGGAAAAUAAUGACAUGCCUUGUGAUUUGCAAAAUGCUGACCGGAUUCUUACUGACCUUAGUAAAUUGAGAGAUUAUUUCAAAAUCAUCCCUCUGAAUUCAUACACUGAGCUGGUUAGAACCUUUCAUUCUUUAAGGAGAAAAUAACUCCCUGCUUCUUCACAUGGUGAUCUUCCCUCAUUUAAUUCCAGUAGUAUCUUACCAGAUUAUAAAAGUAAUAGUAAUAUGA